CUCUUUACGCCAAGGGUACAGGAGAGACGAACAACCGGCAAGACCCAGAGACUGAGAUGACUACCGGUGCUCCGCCACAGACUAGACGAGACACUGUGCUAUUCUCCUCGUCUGAAGAGGACAGCAGCCUGUACUUCACUUACAGUGGAGGUCGCAAUGAGAUUGAGGUCAGCAACCUGCACUAUGAGGUGGACACGGCAGCUCAGAUCCCAUGGUAUGAGAAGCUGUCAGAGUUUAAGAUGCCCUGGGAGAUGAAGGGAGACAAGCAGACAGCCAUAAACAAACUCAGCCUGCGAGUGCACAGCGGCCAGAUGCUGGCCAUUAUCGGCAGCUCGGGUUGUGGAAAGACGUCCCUGCUGGAUGUCAUAACGUGUCGUGAUGAGGGAGGCUCCAUGACGUCUGGCCAGGUGCUGAUCAACGGGCAGCCCAGCAACCCCAAGCUGGUGAGGAAGACAGUCGCCCACGUUCGCCAGGACGACCGACUUCUGCCGCACCUCACCGUCAGGGAGACGCUAGCUUUUGUGGCUAAGCUACGGCUACCUACACACUUCAGCCAGAAACAGAGGGACCAGAGGGUGGAUGACGUCAUCGCGGAGCUACGUCUACGGCAGUGUGCCCACACCCGGGUGGGCAACGAUCAUGUGAGGGGGGUGUCCGGGGGGGAGAGGAGGAGGGUCAGCAUUGCUGUCCAGUUGCUCUGGAACCCUGGAAUCCUGAUUCUAGACGAGCCCACUUCAGGGCUGGACAGCUUCACGGCCCAUAACCUAGUGAUCACUCUGUCUCGGCUGGCACGGGGGAACCGCCUGGUUCUGCUUUCUGUCCACCAGCCCCGAUCCGACAUCUUCCAGCUGUUCGACCUGGUGGUGCUGCUCUCCUCCGGCUCAGCCGUCUACUGUGGACCCGCCAAAGACAUGGUGCCGUACUUCACCGCCCUGGGCCACCCCUGCCCGCGCUACUGCAACCCAUCUGACUUCUAUGUGGAUCUGAUCAGUAUAGAUCGGCGCAGCCCAGAGAUAGAGGCUGAGUGUCUGGAGAGGGCCGGGGUCCUGUCGGCCCAGUUUGUGGAGAAGGUGAGCGGGGCCGAUGACUUCAUGUGGAAGACGGAGGAGCCGAGCGCGACCCACGAGGUCGUCACAAGUCCUCAGUCCAAACCUCAGGAGGAAGUGAUCACUAUGUCCAAAAAUAGGGACCGCCUGCCAGGGCGACUUCACCAGUUCACCAUCCUCUUCAGACGACAGGUGUACAACGACUUCCGCGACCUGGUCACUCUGCUGGUGCAUGGCUUCGAGGCUCUUCUCAUGUCUUUGCUGAUUGGCUUCCUGUAUUUCGGGGCAGGGGAGGAGCGUCUGUCCAUCCAGGACACCGUGGCUCUGCUCUACAUGAUCGGAGCCCUCACCCCAUUCGCUGUGGUGCUGGAUGUCAUAGCAAAGUGUCACACAGAGAGAGCCAUGUUGUAUCACGAGUUAGAGGACGGCAUGUAUAACGUCACAUCCUACUUCUUUGCCAAGAUCCUGGGGGAGCUUCCAGAACACUGUGUUUUCACGUUGGUCUACGGCCUGCCCAUCUAUUGGCUAGCUGGACUGAACCAGGCCCCGGAUCGCUUCCUGCUCAACUUCCUGCUGGUGUGGCUUAUAGUGUACUGCAGCCGGAGCAUGGCUCUGUUUGUGGCUGCAGCCCUGCCCACCCUGCAGACCUCAGCCUUCAUGGGCAACGCUCUGUUCACCGUGUUCUACCUGACCGGGGGCUUCGUCAUCAGCCUGGAGAACAUGUGGCUAGUGGCGUCCUGGUUCUCCCACGCCUCCUUCAUGCGUUGGGGUUUCGAGGGCAUGCUGCAAGUCCAGUUCAGAGACCUCAAGUACCCCGUCUCCAUCGGCAACUUCAGCUUCGUCAUCGAUGGCAUACAUGUGGUUGAAGCUAUGGAUAUGAACCAGUACCCCCUCUACUCCUGCUACCUGGUUCUCCUGGCAGUCAUAGUGUGUUUCAUGCUGCUCUACUACCUGUCACUCAAAUUCAUCAAGCAGAAGUCCAGCCAGGACUGGUGAAACCAGUGACAGAACCUGACUGUUGCAGUACCUCCUUCUGCCGCUGGGUGGCAGAAAAGUACUGCAUUCUAUUUGAAUGUCUAGCAUGUUUUUUUUUCUGGCAAGUGAUUAGAGGGCUAGCCUGGAUGAUAUCCAUCAACAGCUUUCGCUUGUUCCAUUUUCAAUCUUUUUUUCUCCUUAUUUAUUUCUACAGCUUAACAAUGUGUGUACCAGUAGAGAGUAUACUGAAAAAUCUGACAGGUUUAGUAAGUCACACUGAAAAAGGGUUAGUGUUGUAGAUUUGGAGAUUGAAGUUUUGCACUGGUGCAAAAGACUGAUAAAAUAUACUUCUGGAAUGUUUUGGACAAAAUUAAUAAAGGAUUAAAUAGACUUUAGUAUAUCA